AAUCUUUGAAACGUCACUUAUUCCAGAUAUACCGUCCUUGGGCAAAGCGAAACCAAAGGUUGCCGUCUAAGUUCCCAAAUAUAGGUUAGAGGACGAAUUCAUGGUAACCCCUUUGGCCACCUGUCGAUCCGAACGGUCAUUACGUGUUAAACGGUGUCGAACAAGGGCGGAGGUUUAUUAUUUUUUGUAUUUUCCAUUCGCCCGUUUUGUUUUCUCACGAAAUCAAAAAAUCAUGUGCGCUAUUUUACCAAUCACCUGUAUAGACUAUCGUACGCUCACAAACAACACGGAAUCCCUUGACGCGCGUUCACGUACAUUUUAAUUUUUCGGCACGAAUGGAUAACGAAAGGAAAAGCAUGUUGACAGACAGGCUCCAAGAAAUGUUCGCGGACCUUUUGGAUUCGACCAAAAAUCCUGACAGCGAAGUGACAGUCGACACUCUCAAAGCUAUCAUUAAAGGCGCUUUAGGUGAUAGGUACACAGAAAGCCAAUUAGACAAGGCUCUCGAGGGUCUCGGCGUUCCAAAGAACGGUGCUAUAAAGGUGCACGAAUUCUGCGCCCAGCUCGCCACACCGACCGCCUACGCCAUCAAGCAAAUGCGGGAGGACAACUUGGGGACAUGGCUCACGGUCGGAGAAUGGCAGCAGGUGAUGGAAAGGCUCGGGAUGAACCUGACCAUGGAAGAAACGGAAAAGAUGCUCCAAAAGACGAAAAAGCAGACGCUCGACGAUGUCGCGAGGGAAAGGCUGGCCCUGGAAAAGAUAGGCAUAGACCUCACAAACGACGACCUGCAAAAGAUCAUUUCAGAUGCCCAAAAAACCGUGAACACACUAAGCUCUUCAUCUGACGAUAGUGAGUAUGAGACGGAAGAAGAAAUCAUACUGUCGGAGUAAGCCUCGUAUAACGUCCGUGUAAAUGACUCAAUACAGUGAACGUCAUAAAUUAACACUUCA